AAAUACAUUAGAUUAGUUACUUUGGUUAAUUGGCCAGUUUCUGGACACAGAUUAAGUCUAGUCCUGGACCGUCAAGAACUUUCUAUUGGAACUUCCAUUGAGCAUGCUUUUUAGUCCAGCACUAGACUCAAUCUGUGUCCGGGAAACAAGCCCCAUAUGUAUUACUGACAUGCUUGUCCUUGUUCAGGACUCCACACACUGGCUUCAGAUUGAACCCUUGACUUCCACUGUCCAGGGAGUGACAAUGUUCAGACACAGGACACCCAAAGGGAGUUAUGAGUGCACAGUGUCUGGGCUCCGCUGGCUGUGUGAGAGAGAUGUCAUUCUGAAGUAUCACUUCAGGAACUGGGAAGCCUACAGUCAACUUCUGAAAGACAUGCAGUACACACAAGGUGGUCCAUUGCUGGACAUCACUAUGGAGGUAGGUGAACUGGAGGAAGUUCAUCUGCCACACUGUGUCUGUUUAGGGACCAACCCAUCCCUGAGGAAUGAGAUGAAGAUUCUUCAUGUAGAGGAACAUGGAGUGUCUUUAGAGGAAGUGCAUGAGGUCACCAGAUUCCAUGCUAAGAUUCUCCAUCCCAAGUUCUCAGCUAUCUCUGUUAUACUGAGAUAUAUAUUUUCUUGGAACGUAGAUGUCCACUGUGAGCUGAUGCUCUAUCUGACAGUGAAAAAGCAAACACUAAUUCCACGCCUAUACCUGUUCCCCAGUAACCCCGGCCAAAUACUGGCUGUGGAAGAACAGGAAUCAAAGUUUCAAGGGUCUAAAAGGAUUCCUAUCACAAGACCAGAGCAGUCCUUAAAACUGAAUAGUUCCUUCAGACUGAACAUUCCCUGUUCUACCUCCAUCUUUCCACCGAGGAUUCAUCUCAUACAUAGAGACACCACACCAAGCUUUUUCAAGGUGGUUAUGGAAAUUACAGGGAUUGAGAUGGAGUUAAUCGGUGAUGAUGAGAGGACAGUAUGGAAAGAAAUUGUACCAACAGAUGAAUACAUCACUGAAACCCAUUCAACUAGUGCUGUGUUGGGGGCAGGAGGUCCGGCUGAGAGCAGUCUGACUGGUCCUGCAGAGCAGCAGCUGCGUUCUGUACGGACCGAGUUUGUGAAACGAGUGUCAAGACCUGCCCUGAAUGAACUGCUGGACGGACUCCUGCAACACACAGUCAUCAACCAGGAGGAAAUGGAGUCAGUGAAGGUGAUAGCUGAGAGGACAGAGAAGGCACGUGACAUCAUCGACAUGGUGUUGAGAAAAGGAAAUGAGUCAUGUUCCAGGAUGAUCAACCUUCUUGGGGAGCUGGACCCCUGUCUUUGUUCACUGCUUCAGAUCAACAGUGUUGGAGAACCAACCUAAUGGUAGAAUGGAUAGUAACAGUGUUGGGGUACCAACCUAAUGGUAGAAUGGAUAGUAACAGUGCUGGGGUACCAUCCUAAUGGUAGAAUGGAUAGUAACAGUGCUGGGGUACCAACCUAAUGGUAGAAUGGAUAGUAA